UUCAACGUCAAAAAACAUGGUGGCGAGCGCGUGUCGACUAGACAAAAUUUUAUCCAACCUCGGUCUGACGACGAGGUCCAAAUGCAUGGAUUAUAUUAUCCGAAACAACGUUCGAGUGGAGGGAAAGAUGGCCAGGCCUAAGGACCACGUCGAUCCCCACCUUGUUACUUCGAAUGGCGAACCGCUGCCCUACCUUGAGCACCUGAACAUCUUGCUUAACAAGCCCCGUGGAUACGUUUGUUCCAGGGCGCGAGAACACGAAAACAAAAUCGUUUACGAUUUGCUCCCCUCUUCCUUUUUGCACAGACGUCCCCCUCUGGUUCCAGCCGGAAGGCUGGAUAAAUGGGCGUCUGGAGCCCUCGUGCUCAGCCAAGACGGCGACCUCAUUCAAAGGCUGACUUCACCCAGCAAGAAAUCCGGCGCACUGGGCAAAGUCUACCAUAUUCUGCUCCAAAGGCCUCUAACCGGUGAAGAGAGUAAGAUUUUCGAGUCAGGGGAACUAAUACUAAGGUCCGAACAAAAGCCCUGCAAACCGGCUAUAUUGGAGCAAUUGGACGACUCUGGACACCUAAUACGAGUCACUCUAUACGAAGGCAGAUACCACCAACUACGAAGGAUGUUGGCUGCUAUUGGAAACAAAACGGUCACCAUCGAGAGAAAGCAAAUUGGACCCAUCGUUUUAGGCGAUCUUCCGAUAGGGUGUUGGCGAGAAAUUACAGAUGCAGAAGUUGAAAUGAUACGCUAGAAACUGCCAAUUUGCAAGGUCCAGGACUUGUAGUGUUUGGGACAACAUUGCAAACCGAUUUUGUCGGCGCUCUCUUUGUGUGUGGUGAAGACUCACAGGCAAAAUUUUUUCAAGACGCUACCUCCUUUUGGACGCGGCAUC